UCAGAGCUCAGUUAUAAAAGUUGUCGGGAAGCUGGAGGCAGAGGCCGAGACCUGGAUCCUGGGAGGCUGCACUCGGGGAGAGAUCUGGACAGGAGGAUGCGGCUGCUCUGGGCGUCCCUGCUGUGCUGGGCACUGCCGCCCCCCACCCAGGGCAAGGCCCACAGCCCGCUCUACCUGCGGGUCAGCAAGGGUCAGCUGCAGACAGACAUUUCAGACCUGUUUGCAGAGCACCAGGUCCUGAGCCGCGUAGUCAGGGUGCCUGUGACAGGGACCCCGAGGGAAGGCGCGACUGUCCUGGACCACCUGCCCUUUGUCAGCAAAAGCCUGUCCAAGAAGAGCAGCGGGCUGGACCUGUCGCUGGUCGGGGACCUGCUCUCGGGGAAGAGCCUCCCUCUGCUGUCGGACCUGUUCCAGGCCGCAGGGUUGGUCAUAGAAGAUGCCAAAGGACCCGAGGUCACCCUGCAAAUCCUAAGCGACAGCCUGCUGCAGGUCACGCUGCGCUGCAAACUGUACCUCUCGCUCCAGGAGAUCCUGCGGCUCAAAGUCAUCAAGAACAUUCGCAUGGGGGUGCGGCUGGAGCAGAUGGGGAACAGGACCACGGUGGCCUUGGAGGAGUGCCACACCCCUCCUGGGAGCCUGAGCGUGGAGAUCCUGGGGCAGACAGACGCCCUCCUGGUGGACAAACCUCUGGAGUUGGUGGCCGGCGUCCUGGACCACUCCCUGCCCUUCCUGCUGCAGAAGAUGGUAUGUCCCCCGGCCACGGCCCUGCUCAGCUCCCUGCUGGAAGACCUACUGACCAUCGUCCUCCCCCCGGCCAUCUCGGGCCCAGAGGACGUCCAAUACUAUGUCACCACCACGGAGUUCAGGGAGGAGGCCAUCCUGAUGAGAGUCCAGCUUGUGACCCCCUGUGGCCCGGGCCAGAGGACUCCAAGGCCUGACCACCUGGCCCCGCGACCCCUCCCACCAUUAGCCCCAGGCAGCAUGGCGGACCUGGUCUUUCAGAUGGAGCUCUACAACGACAUCCUGUCCUGCCUCUACGCGAGCAAGGAAGUCCGCGUGGCCCCCCAGGACCCCGCAGCUGCUGACCUGGUCCAGCUGCUGUCCCCGGGAGAGCUGGAGCCCGGGCCCACGGCUUCUGAUGGGUCCAGAGGGAGCGUGGGACUGACCAUCAACACUCCGGAUCCUCCCACUGUCCAUCUGAACGGCCUCACAGCUACGGUCACCCAGCCGGGCUCCCUGGUACUGCUGGGGCCCAACAACACCUCCAGCUCCAUUUCCUGGAAACUCCUGACAAGGGCUGCAUUUUCCUCCACAAAUCAGAAAUUAAAACUCCAGUUCACUCCAAACAGUGCCGUGGUCACCCUGGGCCCUUACCCGGCUGUUCUCAAGAAGCAGGGAGAAGCCUCCGGGCUUCAACUUGCCCCUUACCCUCCUCCUCACACUGAGCCAACACCAACCGAGCACCGACUCUGCCUGGCCCUGCUCAGGGACGUGUUGGGGAGCAGCGAGAAGGUCCCUGCCCUGUGGAAGGCCUGCGUCAGAGGGGAGGAGCAGCUGCGGGCUUCUCUCUCUGGGUUCCUGAAGAGGAGGUUCCUGCCCCAUCACAACGCGCAGCUCAGAGGACACAGCCUCCUGCUGCCCAACGUCAAGGGCCUCUCCUUCAACCAGGCCCACAUGGACCUCUCCGAGGACUACCUGCUGCUGACCAUUCCAGAGUAGCCGGUUCUGACCCAGGACCAGUCCCUGCCCUCAACCACGCAUGCUCAGGACCUCCAGGUCAAGAAUGGCUGAAUCACCGUGGACUUCUCUGUACA